AUGCCUCUGCGUCCGGCAGCCGGCAAACAUGAGCCACCCAGCCCUCCACGGCAGGAGCAGCGGCAGGAGCAACAGCGGCAGGAGCAGCGGCACGCACAGCCCUACGCGCACGCAGCCAACGGCAGCCAGGGGGGCAGCUCCGACAGCUCCAGGGAAGAGGACAGCGCCAUUCCCUUUCCCAGCGCCGGAGUGGGCUUCCGUCCCGGCGCAGAGCGGAGCCGCGCUGCACCCAUGGAGGAGCCAACAGGCAACACGGUGGUCAUCCGCAUUGGAAUCCCCGACCUGCAGCAGACGAAAUGUUUGAAAUUCAAUGUGGAUGCUCCGAUUUGGCUGUCCAAACAACGGAUCCUAUGCAGCCUUAACCAGAGCCUGAAGGAUGUCCUCAACUACGGCCUGUUCCAACCUGCUUUCAACGGCAAGGCUGGCAAGUUCCUGGAUGAAGAGAGACAGCUUAGAGAAUACCCUUUCCCAUCCAUUGCACCUGUACCUUACCUGGAGUUUCGCUACAAAAGACGAGUCUACACCCAAACCUACCUGGAUGAGAAGCAGUUAUCAAAGCUCCACACUAAGGCCAACUUGAAGAAGUUUAUGGAGUACGUGCAGCAAAGAAACAUCGAAAAGGUCUCGAGAUUCCUGGAGAAAGGCUUGGACCCAAACUUCCAUGAUCCGGACACAGGAGAAUGCCCUCUCACGCUGGCUGCACAGUUGGAGGGCUGCGCGGAGCUCAUCAAGGUGCUGAAGAGUGGAGGGGCUCAUCUGGAUUUCAGGACCAAAGAUGGCAUCACAGCCCUCCACAAGGCAGUGCGCAGCAAGAACCACACGGCGCUCAUUACGCUGUUGGACUUGGGUGCAUCCCCUGACUAUAAGGACAGCAGAGGCCUGACUCCUCUGUACCACAGCUCCAUGGUGGGAGGAGACCCGUACUGCUGUGAACUGCUACUGCAUGACCAUGCACAAGUGGGCUGUGUGGACGAGAACGGCUGGCAGGAGAUACACCAGGCGUGCCGCUAUGGUCAUGUGCAGCACCUGGAGCACCUGCUGUUCUAUGGGGCUGACAUGAGUGCUCAGAACGCCUCUGGGAACACGGCUCUACAUGUGUGUGCGCUCUACAACCAGGACAGCUGUGCGCGGGUGCUUCUGUUCAGAGGAGCCAAUAAGGAGAUAAAGAACUACAACAGUCAGACGGCCUUUCAGGUGGCCAUCAUUGCAGGAAACUUUGAUCUGGCUGAGAUUAUAAAGGUCCACAAAGCAUCAGAUGUUGUGCCUUUCAGGGAGACCCCCUCCUACACAAACCGCAGACGCGUGAUGCCUGGCCCGCUGCCCUCCCCACGCUCCCUGCUCCGCUCCGCCAGCGACAACAAUCUCAACGGAGACCACCACGAGCACAUUCACGUCCCUCGAGAGAUCCGCGGGCGCCAGGGUCACUCCCCAGUCCCCUCCCUGCGCAGCCUGCCCGCUUUCAGCCAGCACCACAGUAGCCUUGGAGAGAGCCGUCAUGGUGAGAUGCCAGACAGCAGCCUCCAGAGCACGGGCAGCUCACGAUCGUCCCACUCACGCUCCCCCUCCCUGCACCACCCCCACGAGGACGACAGGCCGGUGCCCAGGAGGUCCCACAGCCACGGGUACCCCCAUGCACACAGCCAGAGAGGGCGGCUCAGCCCUGGUUCUGUGCAACGAGACACCAGCCCGCCCCAUCACACUCCCCCCAUGCUGUCGGGCCCCCGGGGGCCCAAGAGGAAACUCUACAGUGCUGUCCCGGGACGUACCUUUAUUGUGGUAAAGCCCUACACACCCCAGGGAGAGGGAGAGAUUCAGCUCAACCGCGGAGAGAGGGUGAAAGAGUAUGACUGUAAUGACGUAGAAGUGCUAAGCAUAGGGGAAGGAGGAUUCUGGGAAGGCACGGUGAAAGGGCGCACGGGCUGGUUCCCCGCUGACUGUGUGGAGGAGGUGCAGAUGAGGCAGUAUGACCCACGACUAGAAAGUCGAGAGGACCGGACUAAGAGACUGUUCCGACACUACACUGUGGGAUCCUAUGACAACUUCAACUCAUACAGUGACUAUAUCAUCGAGGAGAAGAAUGCAGUUUUACAGAAGAAAGAGAAUGAGGGCUUUGGCUUUGUGCUACGGGGAGCUAAAGCUGAAACUCCCAUUGAAGAAUUUAGCCCGACCCCCGCCUUCCCUGCACUGCAAUACCUGGAGUCUGUGGAUGUGGAGGGAGUGGCCUGGAGGGCAGGUCUACGGACGGGAGACUUCCUUAUCGAGGUUAAUGGGGUGAACGUGGUGAAGGUUGGCCAUAAGCAGGUGGUGUCUCUGAUCCGCCAGGGGGGCAACAGGCUCCUGAUGAAGGUGGUCUCGGUCGCACGCAAGCCUGAGUCCGAUGAGGUGGUACGCAAAAAAGCCCCACCUCCACCCAAGAGGUCACCCAGUACCACCCUGACGCUGCGCUCCAAGUCUAUGACCGCAGAGCUGGAGGAGCUGGCUUCUGCUCGGAGGAGAAGAGGAGAGAGACUGGAUGAGAUGCUGGCGUCACAGGAGUCCAUGUUACACUCUCAGCCCCUGGAGGCCGACUACAGAGCAGCCACGGUCAAACAGAGGCCCAGUAGCCGCAGGAUCACCCCAGCCGAGAUCAGCUCUUUGUUUGAGAGACAAGGGAUGACCUUCCACGGAGCUCUUCACCCCAGCAUGGACCGAGGCCAUAUACCAUUUCCAAAGGGGAUGUCCAGGACAAAAUCUUUUGGUGCUUCUGAAGAGGACCGCCUGUCUGCCUUGGCAGGAGAGCACCGUUUUCCCCGUAGCUCCUCCAUGACGGACAGCCUCCGCGACCAUUCCCAACCCCACAGCAUCCCCCCUCCCCCGCAAACAGCCCCUCCUCCUCCGCCAUAUUACCUGGACACUGGGCCUCCCCCAUCCUUCUGCCCCCCACCUCCACCCUCCAGAACCCAGAGCCAGGGCCAUGAGCCGGGGGGCCGCUCCAGCUUUAAACCCUCUAGUCUGGACCUGCCCUAUGAGGCGGCUCAAAGACAGGCCACUCACCUGGAGAGGCAGAAGAAGGCUCGCUCUAUGAUCAUCCUCCAGGACUCUUCUCAUCUCCCUGUAGAACCCACUGAGAUCCCCCGACCCUCUGCUGCCACUCCCCCCGAGCGCAUCAAGAGGAAAGGCCGCAUCAUCGACAACCCCUACGCCAACGUGGGACAGUUCAGCAUCGGACUUUAUGCACCCACAAAGCCCCAAAGAAAGAAGAGUCCCCUCGUCAAGCAACUGCAGGUUGAAGAUGCACAAGAAAAGGCUAGUUUGGCCCUGGCCACUGCCCACUCCAGAGAGACCUCCCCCUCAGGACGCCCACCUCUUGCCCAUGGGCACUCCCACACCAGCCGGGUGGACUACUACCAGCAGCAGCUGUUGGCUGAGAGAGAGAGCCUGCGAGCACAGGGAGAGAUGAUGUUUCAGGGGAAGGGACCUUUUGCCGCUGCAAUAGCUGGAGCAGUCAAAGACCGAGAGCGCCGCCUAGAGGAGCGGAGGAAAUCCACUGUCUUCCUUUCUGUUGGGACCAUGGAGGGGGGAGCUAGCAUCAGCCCGGAGAACCCCUCCCUCACUCAGUCUCACUCCAUAGAUGAACGGCUACUCUCACGGGAGCUAGGUCAACUGCCUCCCCCUGCCAUGGCACUCAGCCCCUCACCUAGUGGGACCACCUUUAUCCAUCCUUUAACAGGAAAGCCCCUAGACCCCAACUCACCACUGGCUCUUGCGCUGGCCGCAAGGGAGAGGGCCUUGACAUCCCAGAGCCAGUCCCCUACUGGCAGCCCAGAGCCCAGGACUAAACUGGAGCGGGCUGGCCAGGGCAUCCUGUUGUUUGAUACUCAGACCAAAGAGUCUUCUCUUAGGGACGGGACAUCUGCAUCCCCACCUUUCUCUCCCAAAAGCACCAAGGCAGCAGGGUACGGAUUAGGACCUUCUGCCAGUCCUGUUCUCCUCCCCCAGCCCACCAAACAGUGGGUGACAUCACCAUCACCUGUAUCGUUCCGACAAGACAUGGACAGUAGAGUAGAGGAGAGGAAGGAGGACAAGAGGCUAGAGGAUAAGAAGAGCAUGUUGAUCAGUAUUAUGGACACAUCCCAACAGAAGACCGCUGGGCUCGUCAUGGUCCAUGCCACUAGUAAUGGUCAGGAAGUGGAAGGGGGCUCAGAGACAGAGCUAGGCAGAGCGGGCACACCCACAGAGCUGAGUAAAGCAGUGGUCACACGGGCCAAGUCCCCCAGCCCCACUGUGUCCCAGCUCCAAGCCCAGACACAGGCCACACGUCCAGCCAGCCCUGCACAAGAAAAGAGCCUUCCUCUGGGGAGUUCUGAAGAGGAUGCAGACCCAUACACCGUGACCCUGCCUCCUGCCAUGCUGACCUCCAGCGAUGAGGAGACCAGAGAGGAACUUCGAAAGAUUGGCGUAGUACCUCCACCUGAUGAGUUUGCCAAUGGGCUGCUUGCACAGGGGGCUAAAGCUGUCACUAUAUCCACCAUUUCCAUUACCCCUGCAUCUCUGACCUCCACAACAUCCACCACUUCUACAAUAACAGCCAGCCAGCCUCAGCCCCCACCUCCCCCAACUGCAGUUGCUGUCUCAGGGAAGCCAUCAGACCCUUUGGAGCCUCCUCCAGUGGCUGAGUCUGGCUCUGCGGCAGACUCAGGUGUGGAGGAGGCCGAUACCCGCAGCUCCAGUGAGAAAGAGCGGGACCACCACCUGGAGACCACCAGCACUGUGUCCACGGUCUCCAGUAUGUCCACGCUGUCCUCGGAGAGUGGAGAGCCAGCUGACACACACACCACACACACCUCCUACGCAGACGGACAGACCUUUGUGCUGGACAAGCCGCCAGUGCCUCCCAAGCCCCGCCUCAAGUCCCAGGUGGGAGGAGCUAAAGGGUCGGUGACCUUCAGGGACCCUUUGUUGAAGCAGAGCUCUGACAGUGAGCUGUUGUCACAGCAGCAGGCCGCCGCCCUGGCUGCUGCGGCCGCUGGUGGGGCAGGACUGCCCCCUGGUGGAUCGGCGUCAGUGACCGGACUGGCCCCCACCAAGCCGCGCUACCUCUUCCAGCGCAGGUCCAAGCUAUGGGGAGACCCAGUAGAGCCCCGGGGCCCUGGAGUGGGCCUGGCUCUUGGGAGUUUGGGGAAUCUGGGUGGGCUGGGACUAGGGCUGGGCGUAGAUGAGGGCAGACCUUCUGUCAUGGGCGAGCUAAGCUCACGUCUGCAACAGCUUAACAAGGACACGCGCUCCCUGGGAGAAGAGCCACUGGGAGCAUCCCUAGACCCGGGCAGGAAGUCACCGGUAACAGGGGCCAGACUUUUCAGCAGCCUAGGAGAGCUCCACACCAUCUCUCAAAGGAGUUAUGGCACCACGUACACCAUCCGGCCUGGCAGCCGUUACCCGGUGACUCGCCGCACCCCCAGUCCAGGCUCUCCGGACAGGGACCCUCUGGGACGCUUCAGCGGCUUCGGCCUGCCCGGUUCCCCCACCACUCCCCCUCAGACCAUUCUAAAGUCGUCCAGCCUGAGUCUGCCCCAGGAGCCUAAAGAGGUGCGCUUUGUGAUGAGGAGCUCCAGUGCACGGUCCCGCUCACGCUCACGCUCUCCCUCCCCCUCUCCUUCUCACUCCCCUCGGAUGGGCUCGCCCCUGCUCUCCCUGAGGCCCUUCCACCAGAAGCCCCUGCACCUGUGGAACAAGUACGAUGUGGGCGACUGGCUGGAGAGCAUCCACCUGGGAGAGCACCGUGCAGGCUUUCAGGAGCACGAGAUCGAGGGCUCACACCUGCCUGCUCUCACCAAGGAGGACUUUGCCGAGCUGGGUGUGACACGGGUGGGACACCGCAUGAACAUAGAGCGCGCUCUGAAGCAGCUGCUGGAGAGCUGACAGCGGCCCUGAGAGUGCAGUGCACGCAGCAGACAUCAGGGGGCAGCACUCCUCUUAUACUCUGGACUGUCCGGCCUCAUGUUUACACAUGUCCUCUGACGCACUGGGCCCACAGUGAGGAGAGCCAGAGCCAGGUCUAAUCAGAACGUGCCCUUAGGGCCUCUAGGGGUGUCCUUAAAGAACAGUAUGAGCUCCAGCACUGGUUGCCCCUCCUCUGUGUCUACCUCUGCCCUCUG